AUGUCGUCGGCGCUUCUUCGACCAGAUUUAAAUGAAUUACUAAGAGGCUGGAUGUUCCAUCUGUGCUUUUCUCGGAGCUCCGCCAAGCCUGGAUAAGGGAACUCCGCCAUUGUGUAAAUCACCUGAGGAACUCUGGAGUUUUUCCAGAUGUUGGAUGGUUGUAGGUAACCUUUGCUUCAUAAGAUCCUUCAUUACGAUUAUAUCGACAGAAAGAGCUCCAAGCGAUUGAUCAAAGUACCCUUGAGGCAUGACAUGCUCGAACAGGAAGAUCAUGAUCUUCAAGGCGACAUCGGUACGAUACUCAACCACUUGGAGAAUCAGAGCAGCGAUCACAUUGAAUCCUUGGCAGUACCCAACAAUCUUGUUAAACCUUAA